AUGAAGUUGUUUUCACUGAUUUCUGGUGGAAAGGAUAGCAUAUAUAGCAUACUUUGUGCUAGAAGGCUGGGCCAUGAAGUCGUACUGUUGGGACACAUGAUUCCCAAGGAUUCUAAUACACAUGAGCUCGACAGCUACAUGUUUCAGACCAUAGGACAUAAUGCAAUCAAAUCGAUAAGCGAGUGUCUGGAAAUUCCACUGAUUGAAAGGACAAUUUCGGGGUUUCCAUCAUCUACACAGUCACUAACAUAUACACCUGACAGCCUUGACGAGGUUGAAGAUUUGUAUUCUUUAGUAGAAGAAGCCUUGAAAGUAAAUGAUGGAAUUGAGGGAGUUUUGACGGGAGCCAUAUGCUCAAGAUAUCAACUGGAAAGAGUUAAAAACGUGUGUUCUAGACAUAGGCUGGAAUCAGUCAGUCCCCUAUGGGAAAGGAACCAGAGUGAAUUACUGGCAGAUAUGAUCAAGGACAAAAUGGAGGCAAUUAUAAUCAAAACCUGCUCAUUGGGACUCAACGAAAGCCACCUUGGCAAAACAAUAUCGGAACUGUAUGAGGAAUUCAUUAAAAUGAAGGAUAAAUUUGGUUUCAAUGUGUGCGGAGAAGGAGGAGAGUACGAAUCCUUGGUUCUCGACUGCACAAUGUAUAAAAAGAGGAUAGUGAUAGAGGAACAUGAAAAAAUAUACCAUUCUAAGGACCCAUAUGCUCCAACAAUACUCUACGUUCCAAAGAAAUGGAGGUUGGAAUCCAAAGAAUGA